UCGUUUUCAACAAACUGAUUGCCUUUCGGUAAACUAAUGUUCACACGGUGGGUUGGUGAAAAUCGCUCACCAUGUACCAAUUUAAAAUUACCUUGCUCUGCCUUAGCUUGCUUGUAACGGCAGCAGUGAACGCAGACCUUUUCACCAGAUUUCAAAUUUGGAGUGGGAACAUCAUCGUAUCAAAUUGAAGGUGGAUGGAAUGCAGACGGCAAGGGAGAAUCCAUUUGGGAUCACUUAACUCACAACUAUCCGUGGAAGAUUGCGGAUCGUACAAAUGGUGACGUUGCCUGUGAUAGUUACAACAACUGGCGCCGGGAUGUAGAAAUGAACAAGGAACUAGGAGUCAACAUGUAUCGAUUUUCGAUUGCUUGGAGUCGCAUCUUGCCAAACGGAUUGAGUUACGAAGUCAAUCAAGCUGGUAUCGAUUACUACAACAAUCUGAUUGAUGAGCUUCUGGAAAACGGAAUUGAACCUAUGGUUACUCUUUACCACUGGGAUCUGCCACAACGUUUGCAGGAAAUUGGAGGCUGGACAAACAGAGCUAUAGUGAAUUAUUUCAAGGAAUACGCCCGGGUUGCUUUCGAAAAUUUCGGAGACCGUGUCACUUGGUGGACUACGUUUAACGAGCCCAUCCAAUCGUGUUUGCUAUCAUAUGAAUACGACUCAAUGGCACCUGGUUACAAUUUCCCAGGAGUACCAUGCUAUAUGUGUGCCCACAAUGUACUUCUAUCGCACGCUGAAGCAGUUCAUCUGUACCGAACUCAAUAUCAACCAAAGCAGAAAGGUAUGAUUGGUAUCACAAUCGACACCGCUUGGGCUGAACCAAGGAGUGAUUCUCCUGAUGACAUAGAAGCAGCAAACCUUCUGUUGCAGUUCCAGCUUGGAUGGUACGCACAUCCGAUAUUCUCGAAGGCCGGCAACUACCCUGAGGUGAUGAUCGAUCGUAUCGAGGCAUUGAGUAAACAGCAAGGCUUCUCUACAUCUCGUCUUCCAAAGUUAACAUGGGAGGAGAUUAGGAAACUGAGAGGAUCCUCAGAUUUCUUUGGUAUCAAUGCUUACACCACGCAGAUCGUCUACAAGAACGACGAUGAUAACUCCAUGAGCUACCGUGUUCCUUCGUUCGACCAUGACCGCAACACUGUUUCGUACCAAGAUCCCUCGUGGCCCGCAUCCGCAUCAAGCUGGCUGAAGAUUUAUCCCAAAGGGCUGUAUCAUCUUCUGCGCUGGAUCAGUGAACAGUACGACAAUCCUCCAAUCUACGUGACAGAGAAUGGCGUAAGCGAUCUUGGUGGAACUAGGGAUGUCGCUCGAGUUCAGUUCUACAACGAUUACCUUAAUGCCGUACUCGAUGCAAUAGAAGACGGAUCAGAUGUGAGAGGAUACGUGGCCUGGAGCCUGAUGGAUAACUUCGAAUGGCGAGCUGGAUUGACGGAGCGUUUCGGUCUUUACUACGUGGACUACGAAGAUCCAGCGAGAACAAGAACAGCCAAGAGCUCAGCGAGGGCAUAUGCCAACAUCAUCAAAACGAGGAAAAUCGAUCCGGAUUUCAUGCCAGAACCAGAAGUUUACCUUCCAGGUCCAGAUGAUGAUAAAAGUAAGAUUGUCAGACGUUGUAAAGCCACUGGUGUAAGUCAUUAUAUGAAAUUAACGUGCAACUAACGGAGUGCAAAUACAGGUCAAUACAGUCAUAAAUCAAACGGCAA